AUGUUAGUAUUAAAAUGGCUUUUAAUUUUGAUAUGUCAAAUACUUUUAGUGACAAACACAGUGGGUUCGAUUGGAGAUAGAUCGCAAUUUUACAGUUUGUGUCUUGAAAACUGUCGUGACAACAAUUGUGAUAAUGAUGAUAAGUUUAAAGUACAACCUUCUUUAUCACUAAGAUUGCUUCUUUGGUCUUGUAAAGAAGAUUGUAGUUAUAAGUGUAUUUGGAAAACAGUUGAUUAUUUUACAUCUCAUGGCUUAAAAGUUCCUCAAUUCCAUGGAAAAUGGCCAUUUAUUCGUUUCUUUGGAUGUCAAGAACCUGCUUCUGUUAUAUUUUCUAUGUUAAAUUUUUAUGCUCAUAUCACUAUGUAUUGGAAAUUUAAAAGAAAAUUUCAAUCUACUUAUCCUAUGUUUUACAUAUGGACUUAUUUUAGUCUGAUAUGCAUACAUGGCUGGUUUUGGUCAUCUGUUUUUCAUGCAAGAGACACUUCAUUCACAGAAGUAAUGGAUUAUUCCUGUGCAUUUAUUAUGGUUCUUACAUUAUUAUAUUGUAUGUUGUUAAGGUAAUUUAUAAUGUUGUUAAAUAUAACAUAAUAUAACAAAUGUAAAAUCCUAUUCAACUGUUAUAUUACAGGGUUUUUAACAUUUGUUCUAACAAUGAUAUGGUGGCGUCGUAAUCGUAAAAAGUUAUCUUACAUUUCUCUGAUUGGUUGGUUCAACAUAUUAACAGUUUUUGUUACUAUACUAGAAGUAGCAGAUUUUGCACCUAUUUUUUGGAUAUUUGAUGCUCACUCUUUGUGGCAUGCUAGUACAGUUCCUCUUACAAUUUUGUUAUACAGAUUUAUGAUGGCAGAUUGUUCUUAUUUGAAUAUAUAUUAUAGUAAAUUGACAUUAGACAUUGAUCAUCACAUACAUUAA